UAACAUUUUUGUCUGUCAAAAAAUUGCACUUCUGUUUACCGCUAACAUUCGAUGGCAUCGAAAAUCUGGUAAUUUACGGCAAAUAUCGGCAGUUUUCAAUAAUUUAUUACUUUCUCCGUGAAAAGUUCGUUUUGCUUUGUGUAAGCAUCGUUAUCCUAGAAAAAGUUAACAUUCCUCUUUGGAGUGGGCCUCGGUGAAAGCUUUUGUUUGGUUGUUGCGUCUGGCUGCGGUGGUUCACGAAACGCGUCCGCGAAAACGAACAAGGGAAAACUGGAGCAGCUCAACGGAACAAUGGAUGGUACCGGUGCCGGUUCCGGCUCGAAUCUGGACGACAGCCUUUCGACGGCAAGUUUAUCAAAACGGCUGAGUUUCGAUUGCGGAAAUGUUUCAUUUGAAUUGAAUCGGAAGAAACGUAAAUUCUACGAUAUGAAUGAUAUUUCGGCCGAUGGGAGUACCAGUGGUUUGGACGAUCGUAAUUUGAGCCAGGAAUUUGGUGUUUCUCAUUGCUCGGUGCAAAGUCCGUGGGAGAGCCGGCGUAUGAAGGCGGAUUUAAUAGAAGCCAGAUCAAGGAUCACGAUGCUUAAGAAAGAAAUAGAACAUCAAAACACUGAACUUGCUACUUCGCAACUGAAGAGCCAGCACAAAAUAUCAUCCCUGGAGAAGGAACUUGCUCACUGCACCAAAAAAGUAACGGACCUAGACAAACAUCUAUCGUUGGUGCGAAAGCGAGAACAAUCGGCCAAGGAAGAAUUGGUCAAAACCAAGAAUCAGUUCAACAUUCUCAAGCAAUCUUCGGACGACCAGACGUACGAGUUGCGCCGGCAGCUGAAGGAUUUGGAGCAAAAGUAUGAUUACGACACCGGAGAGCUGCAGUCGGAGGUGCGGGACUUGAACCAUCAGAUGAUGGACAUCGAAGACCAGCUUUCGAUGGCUCAGGAGCAGUGCGACACCUACAAAGAGCUGAACGACACGCUUCAAUCGAAAGCAAACGCCUACGACGCCACCGCCAAGGAGCUGGAGAGUGUUCGGGAACAGCUGGCUGAAGCUGAAUCCCGGAUCAAAAGCUUGGAAUACGAGGUGGGAAGCUAUGAAGAUUGGAAGAGCCUUUCGCAGGUUUCCACUUCUCGGCUGGCCAAGUACACCGAGAUGGAAAAAGAGGUCACCCGAUUGAAAGAAGAAUCCAAAAAUUUACAUGGGAUAAUUGGCAACAAAAUGUUGCUGGAAGAACAGGUCACCAGCCUAAAAACUCGCUUGGAGAAAUAUGAGAAAGUCGAAAUAGAUUCGGCUGAUUUGCAAGUAAAAGUUAAAGAAUUAGAAAAAGAGUUAGCCGAUUGGCGCAAACUGGCCACCGAUUUCUGUCCUAAAAACUCGGCACAAAACCCGAUCGUAGUGCGUUCCCACAUCGAUCAGAUUUUGCAAAAGGAUCUGAUCCUGACUAGCGAGAAGAGUUCCGUUAAAAACGAAAAAUGUCAGAUCCAGGCGGCAAUCGAAGAAACCAAAGCCGAGAACGAUCAACUCCGCAAGCAGCUGGAAGAUCACAAACGAUCGCUCAAACACCAUCAGACUAUCCUGCAUCGGGUUCAGAAGAAGCUGCACCUGGUUGUCGGGGAACGAGACUGCUGGAAGCAACUGCUCGACAGCUACGAGCAAGAUCUGACCAUCAAUCCAUCUGCCGUGAGCAAUCAUGAUCAGCAAAUGCGUAGCCGAAUCGACAUGUUGGAAAAGCAACUGGUUGGGUACCGUGAGCUGAACGCGAGAUUGGAGGCAGAGAUCCAGACGGCUAAAACCAUGCCGGAUAGUGGCAUGGAUUCCGCGCUAACCAGCGAGCAGUACGAGAAACUGCGCCGAGACAUUGACACACUGCAGCUGGAGAACGAGCGGUUGAAGAAGCGUAAGAACGAGCUGGAACUGGAACUGGAGAAUGUAACCCUCAGGGCAGAAAUCAACCGGGACCGGUACAAGGUGAUGCAGUACAGCGAAAGUCCCGCUAACGAGGCGUAUGAGUCGCACCACAAUGAAAUCGAAAAGCUUCAGGCGGAAAUCGAACGGUUGAAGAUACGGAACCGAAAGCUGGAGGAAGGCAACGAAGAGCUGACCUGUCGGCUAAACGACAGUAACAUGACGAUGAACGUCAUGGAGGUGAACACGCUGAAGGCCCAAAUUCAGUCACUGGAAGCGAAGAACCAACACAUUAAGGAGGUUUAUAAAUCUGCCAGUAACGAGUUCCGGGAGGUUUGCUAUCUGUUGUUCGGUUACCGGGUUGAUCGUGUUGGUAACACCAACUAUCGGAUCUCUAGCAUGUACGCGGAGAGCGAGGAGGAGUAUUUGAAUUUCCGGCUGAACGAGAACGGCAUGGUGCUCAACAUGCUAGAGACUGCGUACAGUGAAAGUAUCACCGAUAUGGUGACGAGUCACCUGGGAACGCACGGGUCACUACCCGCUUUCCUCAGCACACUUACGUUGGAUCUCUUCAAUCGAACAACGUUGAUGGUUCAAGGCUAGUAACUUUGGUUAGAAAUCGUUUAAGAACAGAAAGCUAAACAAGACCGCGCUCUACGAUAUAGAUAUUAAUUGAUCCUUUCCAAAAAUGGAUAAAUAUGCAGCGUACAGUUGAAUGCAGUUGUGUCGAGUGGUGUUUAAUUAUAAGUCAUUCUUACUACUUAAUCGUGAUUGUAGCGAUUACACAUCCAUAUAAGAGACAAAUUGCCCAUAUUUGUAUUUCCUCAUUCAAACCUUUGGAACAUUUCGAUCAAGAAAUAAAACUGCAUAACAGUGAGAUAGGCAUAAGUGGCUACUUUUGCAAAGUCUCUUGAAUUA